GAGAGCGUGAGGGACAGCGCGAGUUCCGCUCUGCCCGCCCCAGUCGUUGGCGUCGGAGGUCCCGGAAGCGCCGCCGGGACUGUUGGCGAGGAUGGCGGAGAGUCCGGUGGCUGAGGAGGCGGCUGCGGCGGCUGUGCUGGCGGCGGCCCCGGGCGGCGGGGGCAGCGGGCCAGGCUCCGGCCCGGGUGGCGGCGGCGGCGGCGGCCCGGGCGUCUUCCUGCCUGCGGAGCUCUGGGCGGUGGCGGGGCUGGCCUCGGCCGGAGGCGGCUCGGCCACGGGAAGCGGGGCCGUGCCCGGAGCCACCUCGGUGCCCGGUUUCCCCCCUUCUGCCGCUGCGGCCGCCGGGGUGCUCCUCUCGCACUCGGCCUUUUGGGACCCCACCACCAGCGGCGACUGGGACGGAGAAAGGCCGAGCGCCGCCUGCCUGCUCCGCAUCAAACGAGAUAUUAUGUCGAUUUAUAAGGAGCCGCCUCCCGGAAUGUUUGUUGUGCCUGACCCCCACGAUAUGACCAAGAUUCAUGCGUUGAUCACGGGGCCCUUUGACACGCCUUACGAAGGGGGUUUCUUCUUGUUCCUGUUUCGCUGUCCUCCAGAUUAUCCCAUCCAUCCGCCACGGGUCAAGCUGAUGACAACCGGGAAUAACACAGUGAGGUUUAACCCUAAUUUCUACCGCAAUGGGAAGGUCUGCCUCAGUAUUCUAGGCACAUGGACCGGUCCGGCCUGGAGUCCUGCCCAGAGCAUCUCUUCAGUCCUCAUCUCUAUACAGUCCCUGAUGACUGAGAACCCCUAUCACAAUGAACCUGGCUUUGAACAGGAGCGGCAUCCGGGAGACAGUAAAAAUUACAACGAGUGCAUCCGGCAUGAAACUAUCCGAGUCGCUGUGUGUGACAUGCUGGAAGGCAAAUGCCCUUGUCCAGAGCCUUUACGGGGAGUUAUGGAGAAAUCCUUCAUGGAAUAUUAUGAUUUUUAUGAGGGGGCGUGCAAAGAGAGGCUCCAUCUUCAAGGACAGACAAUGCAGGAUCCUUUCGGCGAGAAGCGAGGACACUUUGACUAUCAGUCCCUUCUAAUGCGUUUGCAAGGAAUCCGUCUGAAAGUGCAGGAGAAGCACCAGCAGGAACACCCAGACAUAGACUCAGAGAGCAGCUCCUCUGAAACAGAGACGGACACGCAAGGAAGUGUUAAGGCCUAGCCCACCUCCCCGCCGGAUUGCUUGUGGGGAAACCCCGAGAAGCGAUGACGGGAGCUUCCGACUCCUGGCACUGUGGAGGCUCCCCAGAGAGACCCGAGAAACCCGGCUGAGACCAGAGCGGAGCGAGCACAGAUGGAGCAGCGUCACUUUGUUCCCCUUGCCUCCUUUAGCUCUCUGGUCCGAAGCCAUUAAAACUAAAAGAGGAUUUGAUGCUAAACUGAACCGAGUUCGCUGCGAGCGACCUUUUUUUUUUGCAAAACGGUCCAUUCUCUGCCAGAGACCUAAGGAACACCUUGGCAUAAAAGUGGUAUUUUGGAAGCUACUAUGGCGGGGGUGGGGGAACGGGUAGGUUUCUGUGGUCCCCUCUCGAUUCGAAAAGAGCAUGAGGUUGUGUAGAGCAUGACUCCUCGUCCUGUCGUUGUCUCACAACAUACCGCAUCUUCCCAGCGCCUCCCUCCCAGCUGGCCUCUGCACAACAAGAGACUCACGACAGCCAGAGCCUGCGAAAAGCACUUUUUGACAAGUUUAUGUUAACGAGUCCCUCCUCCCCUCCUUUUUAAUGUUUGGUUGUAGCAUCCCAUUCGGGAUUAGCAUUGCCUGUUCUAGACAGACCAAAGAGGAGUAACUUCUGCUGGAUGCUAACUGGGCUUUAAGGUGAUUUUUAAAAAAUAAUAAUUUUCAAAGCUUUACUCCAUUCUAGAGCUCCUCCCCCCCCCCCCCCAUCCAAAACCUAGUAGCAGAUUCAGGCAGGAAAGGAGAAGAGACACCAGGGAAAACCCUCCAUUUACACGUUAUUUCCUUGUUGCAACCUUCCAAGGUAGGAAUUGCUUUUGGUGAUCCUCAUUAUUUGCAAUUCUGUUGGUUCAUCCUCCCUUUUUUUUUUUUUUUUGAAAGUUCUGUACAAUUGUGGCCGGAGGGGCGGGGAGAGCUUUAAGCAUUAUACUUCAGGAGAAGGGAAGGUUACAGAGAGAGAAUCCAUUUCGUGUGACCGAGGAUGCCACUUGCAGGAGAGAAGAGAGCAGGCAUGUUUAAGAAUCACAGUUUUAAGAGGCGGUGCUAAUUUGAAGUGCCGAUGAUGCAACAGCAGGCAGGCUUGUGUGCUCCUCUUUUGGGAGCAGGGUCAAAAAGGAGGCGAGAGACAGAAGCAGCUUAGGGAAAUGUCAGUCCAAGACAGACUUUAUAGCUGGGAAGAAAACAGCUGUCGGAAAUGUUGCAUUGGAAGGACGGGGUAUUCUUCUUGCAAGCAGAAAUGCAGAGUUCCAUGCGCAGUGCGAGUGAGAGAGUAACUUGCUGUAAAUCCCUUCUCUCAGAUUAUUUCAUUGCAGUAAAAUCAGAAGGCAGAGUUCUGAAACAAGCACGCCUUCCACAAAUUGAAUUGUGAAUCAAUUAUAAUCUUCUGGCUAUCUAGCAAACCUGUUUAGUUCUGGAAGUGUAUCUUUCUAGAGAGGCAGAGAGAGAGUUUGGAAGCCUCGCAGGGAUGUGUGGUUUUUUUGCUUCUAGAUACUGCUUUUUAAAUGCUUGAAAACUGGCAAGCCGCCCUGACCUUAAGGGUGCGUCCUCU